GGCGGUGCAAGCUGCGGUAACCUGUUUCCAGAAUCUACUGUUCAGUUUUCUCGCCAACAUCAAAUUUGGAUCAGCUUGGUGGAGAACAGAGAGGAAAACCUGUAUCUUUGCCUAAACGGUGGAGGCCUAAUCUGAAUCUCGUUCUUCCAACCCUCCUGCCAGUUGUGAGCCUUGGUCGCGUCUUCUCUAAUAGGAAAAAACUCAAAGUGAAAGUGACCACUCUCUGAGUUUUUGAAUACCACAAACAUAUUUGAAGCGUUAUUCAAAGUCUUGAGGAAGCACACGGCCAAGCGUUUCCUGGACAUCUCUGUGUGACAACAUGGCAAAGAAAAACAGCCAGAAAGAUACAUCAGGCGUGGUAUUUGACACUCGCUCAAAAAUGGCCAUGUCCCAGGGAGGAACAGCUGAGAGGAUGAAGGAGAAGAUCAGUGCUGUCAGGGCAGUUGUCCCCAACAAAAGUAACAAUGAGAUCGUGCUGGUUUUGCAGCAUUUUGAGAACUGUGUCGACAAGGCCGUUCAAGCUUUCUUAGAAGGUAGUGCAGUUGAGAUCCUGAAGGAGUGGAAUGUCACCGGCAAAAAGAAGCCCAAGAAGAAAAAGAAGCCCAAGCCUCAGCCCGAGGCUUCAGCAGAGCCUGCUCCGCCUGAGGCCGCGUCGCCUGAGGAGGGCAAGGAUGAGGUGAACGGCUUUCAUGCCAACGGCUCAGUAAUGGAUGGAGAGUCACUUGAUUCCCUGAGUGAACAGUUGGACUCUGCCUCCCUGGAUGCAGCUGAGCUGGACUCUGAACCCGCUACAUCCGAAACCACCGGUGCAGAAGCAGAAAGUCAAGGUAGCGCUCCAAGUCCUCCAUUACAAAAGGGAGGCAGGAAUCACCAGGCUCCCAGAGGCAACAAGAACCGACACAGGCCAGGAUUAAAUUCACAUCCACCCACUUCCACCCCAUCUCCACCCACCGCUGAUGAGCAAGGAUCGUCAGGAGUCAAGAAGAUGGCUCCCAACAUUGACCGAUCUGUGAAGGACCUGCAGAGAUGCACCGCCUCACUGACUCGAUACAGGAUGGUGGUCAAGGAGGAGAUGGACUCCUCGAUCAAGAGGAUGAAGCAAACGUUUGCUGAGCUCCAGAGCUGUUUAAUGGACAGAGAAGUGACUCUACUGGGAGAAAUGGACAAAGUGAAAGCAGAGGCCAUGGUGAUUUUGGACGCCCGACAGAAGAGAGCAGAGGAGCUCAGACGGCUGACGGACCAGUCGGCGUCCAUGUCUGAGGAGCAGCUGACUGAACUGCGUGCAGACAUAAAGCACUUUGUGAGCGAGCGUAAAUACGAUGAGGACCUUGGGAAAGCUGUAAGAUUUACAUUUGAUCUUGAACCGCUGAAGACGAGCAUUUCAGGGUUUGGAUCAGUUUACCAUCCACGUACAGGCUAUUCGAAUCGGUCUCGCUGUAGCUCCACGUCCUCUUCUGUCGCCAGCCCGAGCCUGCUGGAAACCCCUCCUCCUCCCCCGCAGACCCAAAGCGCCCCCAGUGAAAGCCGCCCUCCACCAAACAAACAGAUUUUCCAAGGCAACAGGCGUACCUUCCAGGGACAAGGCUAUCACUCGGGUCAGAGGUAUAAUGGUGGCUCCUACCAUGACAGGAACGCUGGUCGCGCCAACCACCGCUACCAGGGCGACGGUGGCUCUUCUGGUCCCUCGCAGCACUCGCACAGCUCGAGAGGUCCCCACCAUCCUUCCACGUCCUCCUACAACCAAGAGCGACCGUCUCACAACGGGCUGCCUCAAAGGCUUCCGCGGACGCACUGCCCUUGACAUUGGAAAUCCCGUACUUAAUCAAACCCAUCUCCUAAUCCUCGCACUCCCCUCCCCUCCACAUCCUCCCCCGUACUAACUCCUCUCAAUGAAGAAUAGAAUACAAGUUUACAUAUUUCCGUCAGUUGAGCUGUAGUGCCACCUCUCUACAUCAAUCCAUUCAUCCUUCAAACUUGAAAAGCUCUCACUGUUCUGUCAUCGCUCUUCCUUUUCCAUCCUGUUGAAGUAACAGCUUCUAUCUUUAGGCCCCCUUUGAGAGAUCUCAUCGCUAUGCUAUCGUCAGUCUAUGCCAUUAUUUUUCGCAGUUAAGCUGUCUGUCGGAGACUGACACGAUUUCCUGCAAAAAUUUGUGCACUAUUGAAGUUGAACUCUUAGUACUAUUUCUAUUUUUGCUGUGGCUUAUGUCAGCUCUCUGAUGUGCACCUCAGAUCCUUUUUUUUUUUUUUUCUCGUCUCCCAGAACCAUUUCAAUGCCUUCACUGUGGAAAAGCGUAGUGAAAGUGCAAAAGUAGUUCUAGCAGUAACAGAGGUUUUUGUUAUCAGGAGAGUAGACUUACAAUCAACACUACAGACUAUCGUUAAUCUUUACAAGAAGGUAAAAAAACAUAUCAAACUGUAAUCCAGAGCUUUUCAUAUGGCUGCUACAAACCAUAGGGAACAUGUUAACACUAGGACGUAGAUGUGUUUGAGAGUAUCUGUGAACACAGAAGUUGCCCUCUUAAAGAAAUAGUUUGACAUUUGAGAAAUAGCUCCUUCUGUUUCUUGCAGAGUUGGAAAAGAAGAUUGUCUCCAAGCUUGUGUCUGUGCACUAAAUAUGAAGCAGCCGUGAUGGAAAUUGAUACAAUUUCAUUGCUGUUAGCAAUUCUGCUUAUCUGUCCGAUUCUUUAUCGAUUCCCAUAUUGAAUUCUGAUCAACUUUGUGGAAAAAACUAGGCCUAUGCAGAUUUUCAGCACCAUGCAACGGUUACAUUCAUUCACUCUUUCUUCGCUCGUUUUUCUUCCCCUUUAGCACACCAAACUGACAGCAAAUCUGGCAACAACAAAAGCCGACCGUUGCGUCGCUUUACGUCGCUGUGUCUCAGCCAAAAAGCUCAUGACAACAAAGCAUAUUUACCCUGCGCCCAACCCAUCAGGGAAUAUUUCUGUUAAAGAGCUCAAUGGCUGAAGAAAAAUCGCCUUUUAUGACACGCUGGUUUCCAGCUCACUCCCACCUGACUUUAGCUCUUUGUUUACAUUCCUGGAUUCUCUUCUCGUGCGCUGAGCUGAAGGGCCAAUUAGUGAUUUCAUUUACUGCCGGGCUUCAAUGUUGAUUCAACAUGCUGAAUCAGCUGAAAAACAAAUACAUAAAUAACAAAACGACAAGAUAAAUGACACACUGCAGUAGGGCGGCAGUCAGUCACUCACCGACGGCAGAUUGUGGGCUCGGUGCGUCAGGACCGUUAAAUCGAUGAAAUGAGAGAAUUUUUUGGACGGCCUUUUUCUUUUUUUUUUUUUUUUUUUAGGUUUUCUUAAUUCAAGAAAAAAUCUAAGCCCUCCUGCGUGGCACUGAUGUCAUCUAAGCAUAUUUACUCUCAUUAACUGACGUGCUGCUCGGUUGAAAAGCAGUGGCACUUGUGCAUAAAACAGUAUUUACGUGGCAUUCCUGGAAUUUAAGCCCAUGUAGUGUAGACAGACGUUUACGCACAGUGCUGUUGUUUCCAGAAACUUGAAGUGAUUGUUUACAGACAUUACAAUCAAUCAGCACUGUCGUCUUUUUUUUUGUGUGAAGUGAAGUCACGCUUUGGGCAGUUUCGUCCUCUGAGUCAUGACUGCCACUUGUUUGACGUCAUUGUUUUGCGAUGCAGGUUUGUCAAAAUACUGAUGAAAAUUGAUACGUUUGAAGUCAUACUAUUCUGAUGAUUCGGAAAAUUUGGAGUCGGUUCUCAACUAUAACCAGCUCUCAAUUCCCCUUCCUAACCAGCAGCAGAUCAUCUUAGCACAAAAACUGGAAGUUUUUAAGACAGCUUUGAUUCCUCUCCACUCCUCCCAGCAUCUCCAAAGUUCAUUUAUUAACAUUUUCUAUCUUGUUUGUUUAUUUCAUACAAAAGCUUUAUUUACCAUUCAGAGCAAAGCGAGCUGUCCAGCUUGUUUCCGGUCUUUAUGCUAUGGUGAGCUAAUCAGCUGGUGGCUGUAGUUUUAUAUUUACCACACAGACAUGACAAAGGUGUCAAUGUUCUCAUGUAAGUCUCUGCAAGAAAGAGCAUUUCCCAAAACGUCCAUCUUUUUCCUUGAAAUAUUGCCUAAGGCAGUGAUGUAUCGCCCUCCCACUGGCCAACACUCAUCAUGUGUGCUGUCGCUGGCUCGCUGUCCAUUAUUUUAUAACAAAGAGAGGGCUCAUUACCUUUUGUAGAAUACUGUUUAAUGAUAUGUUGAAACUCACGACAAAGGAAACUGUCCACAUGCUGUUCUAUAUUUAGUCCUUGACAUUUAUUCGGAUGGAUUUUCUUCUUUGUGUUGUGUUGUUGUUAUAUGCACACAGACGGCAUAUUAAUGACUUGCUUGCCUUUAGUCACAGAAGGACUUCACAUUUGCCUUUCUAGAGACACGGAUGUCUGCAUCGCGACGGCUUUCUUAAUAGACGGUACUUGUAGAGCGGACGUGCGAUUUAUAAAUACAUGUAUGAGAAUUAGAUCUUUUCUUCCCCUUUUUUUAAAUUCACUCUGUCCCGUCUGUGAAAGUAAAACUGAUCAAACUGAUGAAUGCGUUGGAAGGUUGCGUUGAUUUCACAGACUUUCUUUUUGUACGGCUGCCAAGUCGACGCUUUAAGGCUGUUUGUUGUCGGGGUCAUCGUAGUGUCCACAGCUUGUGAAGAAAAAGCUGGUGAUUACCUCAUUGCUGAUGUUUUGACACGGCCUGUUUUCAAACCAUUUGGGCUCUUAUUUAAAGGGACAGGGACCCCUCUGUGAUUCCUCGUCUCUUCUUGUUAUGUACAUACAGUAUGUGGAGCUGCGAGGCUGUAGAGUAAGACUGGUUGUUACAUAAUUGCUGCAUUUUCUUCAUAAUAUGUCGUCUUCCUUUGAGCGGACUUUUGGAAAAAAUGAAUUUAUAAUACAUUCUCUUUCCCCAUUUUUGUUUCCUCGUGGGUUUUCUGAUCAUAGAGAGAUUUUUCCUCUUAUUUGAGAUUCGUAAAAAGUCUUUUCUUCAGUUAUUAUAUUAGUUAAUAUUGUGGAGAGAGAGUUAACUUGUUUGCAGUAUUUGGUUAAUGUGUCAUUACACAUCAGUUGUUUCUUUUGACUAAAAUGAAUAGUUUCAAUUUUGGGAAAUACAUUUUUUUCUCUGUCUUACAGUCUGAAAACACUUUUGAAAAGGGGUAAAUCUAUUUUUUGUGUCACUUUAGAGCAUUUUUAGGGCUCGUUGAUGCCCCCUGUGGUUGCUGGGAAAAAAAACCUACACCUGUGGUUCUCAUCAGCAAUAUUUGCAGUUGGUAUUAUCUGACCUCAGUGGGCAGUAAUGAGAUCAUUAUGGGUAGAAAACAUACUUGGUUAAGCUCAAUUUAUGCUACUGAAAAGGUCUCCAUUUGUAUUUUUUUGGUUUUACAGGGUAGAUUUUAAUUAGGGAUGCACAAUAUUGGAUUUUUUUGCAGAUAUGCAACAUGCCAAUAUAUAACAACUAAUCUGGCUGAUUACAGAUAUUGAUAUAUCCGCUUUUUGUCUCAACCCUAAUUUUCAUGAUCAAGUCUCUUUUGUGGUGGAAUUAUUAUAUUAUAAAUACUCUCAUCCUGAUGGCCCACCAAAUGGAGACAUUAGAUGCAAUGCCUUUAAUGUAAUAUUCAUUCACUGUGCAAAAUAAGAAAAAUGCUCCAACUUAAGGCUGAUGUUUUGUAAAUAUUCACUUUGGUAAUAAAAAUAAAAUAUCGGGUUGGCAUAUUGGCAGAAACAGCGUGUCUGAUAUUAAAUUUUAAAGCCAUUAUCUGCCGAUACAGAUGAUGUUCCGAUAUAAUUGUGCAUCCCUAAUUUCAAUAUUGGAGACUAACCGUUUUGGCAAAUAUGCGCCUCACCACCCUACCCCAGAUUAAGGAACUCAGAUUUAGACUGUCCUGAAUGUUUGUUUGUUUUUUUAGGUUUCGGUAGGUUACGUGUAGGCAUAAGAGGUGACAUUAGUUGGGUUCAGGGUGAGAGUCGUAGGGUAACACCUCUUCCCGACUGAACCGUUUAAAAAGGAGCGAGCAAGCAAACAUUGGAUUGUUUUAAUUUGUUUUUCUCAUUGAAGAUAUCCUCACCUGUUAAGCGUAUGGGACGCAUUUCAUGUUUGGCCCAGGUUCUAUUUUUGCGAAGCUUUGUCCACCUCUAUUUUUAAAGCAACAACAAGCCAUGGCUCAGGCUCGACCAGGACUUGAAAGGAUCCCUCAAAGUUGUUGUUGCUCGUAAUUUAUGCAGUUUUUUCAGCCUUCAUCCACUAGAGUUCACUGUCUUGCUGUGUGAGGAAUCAGAGGCAGAGUAUGGGAGAGGUGGGCACUUCCAAAAUCCGUCUUGAACUAGACUAGGAAACCGCUUCGUCUCCCAGCCUUAUGUUAAAACAUACACCUACCAGCACUACUAAAGUUCAGUAAUUAUCAGGUUUUUCUCAUGUGUUUACUCAGUCUAAAACAGUGUAAAAAUGAAAGUCUUUUGACCGUUUACAAGAGGUUUUAUUUCUUGCUUGCAAUCAGUAACCCCUCAGAGUAUCCUCUUUUUUGCCUCAAAGUUCUCUACAUAACAUUGUGUAAAUUCAAAAAGAAUAUGACAAAAUCUCACAGUUUGGGGUUUUGUAAAUGCAGAAAGUUUAAAAAUGAAGGACAAUGACGAGCUUUAAAAUUCCCACAGAUAACGUACUGGAUGUGUGUGGCGCUUGAUGCUUGAGCUCCACCUUCCUGCAUGCCCUCUGCCUGGCAACUGAUGAGAGCCAAGAAAUAGUUCAGCACAUAAUUCCCAUUAAACAUAAAAAAAUAUUUUUCACAGUUUUGGUUUUGUACGUAUUAAAAGAUUUUUUUUUUUAAAAAGUCAGUGAACUUAAGACGUGCUGGUAGGCAUUUUGUGCCCUUUGGACAAAGCGAGGGGAGCUGUUUGCUGUUUCCAGUCUUUAGACUAAAAUAAGUUCUUCGGGCUGUCAGUCUUCUCAUCUAACUCUCGGUAAGAAAAAGGAAAAACGUAUUUCCUAAAAACUAUUCAUUUAAUUCUUUUCAGGGUGGUUAUGAAGACUUUUAUUGACUGACGUCUUUGGGGCUGCAGGACAGAUGAUGAAUCAGUUUUUUUUCCGGCUCAUUUCUAAUGUUAGAGGCACUCAAAGUGGGUCGAUUUUGUCUGCUUCGUUUUGACCACUUUUUUGUUUUACAUUCCAAACUGUAGGAAUAUUAGUUUAUCACCAAAGAAAAAAAUUCGUCCAGUUUUAAAGUUGCUGCCUUUUUUUUUUCCCUCGGCCUGUAAGAAUUCCAAAGGGGAUAAAUCCAACGGUUCACCUUUUCUUCUACUUCACCUUCUUUUUUUCUGUUUCCUUACUGUAUAUACAUAUAUGUAGCUAUAUGAUUUUUGUGCUCACAUGGGGCAUUUUGUAUGUGAUAUUCAUAUUAGGCAUAAUGGAGGUGAAAACGUCUAGUUCAUUCAUUCUUCCAGUAGACCUUGUGUCCUUCUUCUCAAGACAACUUUCUGAGACAACUGUAAACUCAAGUGCCUUUUCUCGUCUCCCACCAAUUCAUUGACAUCCCCUCCACCAGAGUAUGGACCAAAGACAUCAACCGUCCCUGACACCCCUCUCCUCUCAUUCUCCCCUCUCACUGAAUUGCACACUUUUCAUUUACUACGAAUAAACAGUUUGCAAUACUGA